AUGUAUAAUGCACUCAAUAUGGAAUAUUAUGGAAAAAUAGGAGUUGGAACACCGUUCACUCAAUUUCUUAGAGUUGCGUUCGACACGGGAUCUUCAGCUAUUUGGAUAGUUGAUGCUUCUUGUAACGUUAGUGAAUGCCUACAAAAAAAUCGAUUUAAUAGCAGUUUAUCAUCAACGUUUCGUGAAAUGGAUGAACCAUGGAAAAUGAUAUAUUCUGAUCGUUCCUAUGCUACUGGAACUCUUGGAAACGAUUGUAUAGGGAUCCUGGGUGAAAAUUCAGAAAUAUUAAAAAUUUGUAAUACGACAUUCGGUUUGGGUAAAGAAAUUAGUGGUUUUAACGACGAUCCAGUUGAUGGCCUUUUUGGUUUAUCAUUUGAUACGGUACCUUACAAUGGAGCGUUAACUCCAUUGCAUAAUGCUAUUCGAAUUAAUCUCUUUCUUGAGCCAAUAUUUACAGUUUGGUUGGGAAAUAAAGUAACAAUAAUAUUUGGAGGAUUUGAUAAGGAAAAUUGUGGUCCUAUAAUUGCAUAUGAGCAAUUAAUAGCCGCAACAUUUUGGCUCUUUCAAAUACGAGGUGUUGGAAUUGGCAGUGUUAAUAUUCGAGCCACCUAUCAAGCAAUUUCAGAUACUGGCACUUCGGUAAUUCGUGGCCCGAAAGGUAUAAUUGAUCGUUUAGCUAUUGAAAUUGGAGCUAAGUAUUAUCCUGAAGCUGACCAGUACUUAAUUAACUGCAGUGCAUUUAAUUCACCACCUAUUUGGAUUAUUAUUGGAUCCAAUAAAUAUUUUAUCGAUGCAGUGAAUUAUAUUGUUGAGUAUUCAGCAGGUCAUUGCAUUUUCGCAUUCGAUGGUUAUACACAUAUGGGUAUCGGUAAUCCAUGGACUCUUGGUCAUGUCUUCAUCCGUCAGUUUUGUCAGAUUUAUGACAUAGGAAAUAAACGUAUUGGAUUUGCUCAUCAUAAAGUUAAAUAA